UGUUAUCAAGUCACGUGACCUUAUUGCUCUACGGCCAUCUUGGUUGUGUGCUUUCGUGUGCAAGCUGGUAAAAUUGGCAAGCUAUUCAACAAACAUUAAAAUGGCAGAUACUCUCAAAUUUGGCCCUGAAUGGCUCCGACAGCUGUCAGGCGGGAACAGUGUUGCAUCUCCCCCGCCCACACCUGGGUUAGGGGGCAAAUUCAAGUUAGCAGAAUACAGAUAUGGGCGAGAGGAGAUGCUCGCCCUCUUCCACAGUAAUUACAAAGCCCCUGAAGACCUUGUUAACUUUCCGCCAGUAUACGUUGAAGAGGCGCAGAAACCACUGGCUCUAAUUUCUCUAACUGAGGAAGAACAGAGGUUGAUGUCUCAGUCUGUGAACAGUACAACAGUGCUCCGGUCUAUGGGUCGAGGGGGGCAGCCAGUCAGAGGGGGCAGAGGAAGUGGAGACCGGGGCAGAGGCAGAGGGAGGGGACGAGGCGAUGGCUUCCCCCCGAGAACUCAACCCUACGACCAAGCAGAGAACGGCGGUGGGUUCGGGAGAUCGCGGGGGCAGAACAAAGAUGGAUGGGAAGAAGUUGGUAAAAAGUAUGACAGAAGCUUCUCCGCUCGUACUGUUGAUGAUGUCCAAGUAGGGGGGAGACACCCUCAGUUCUCUCGAUCGCUGAGCAGUGAAAAUUGGCGAGAGAAAGAAGAGCCCCAUGAAGAUGAUGGAGGAGACUGGCGAAGGGCAGGGCCACAGAAAGAAAGAUGGAGCACACGGACCAACUGGAGAGAACCUAUUGGUAGAGGUGGAUUUGAUGGUGAGCGGAGACAAAAUGGUCCUAUUAAAGACCGAACACUUUCGGAUGCCGAUGUUAAGCACCAGCUGUACAGACGCAGUAGGAGUAGUGAAUCAUGGGACACGGAUGAUUUGCCAGAGUGGAGCGUUCCUGGUGAUGACGACAUGGAAGAGCUGGGAACAUUUGAUGCUAGUGGGGCAUUUGUUACUUCUCAUCCAAAGGGCUUUAGGAAUGGAGAGAGUCCACACCCUGAUGUACCACACACCAGUCAGUCACCAUCACAGCCUAACACAGACUUGCCUCCGCAGGGCAAGGAACCACCCCGAGAACAGAGAAGGGAUAAGAAGAGUCCGCGCUCAACAAGUGCUCCAGAGGUCAAGCAAGAAAGUGCUAGUAACCAUGGCAAUAGCCAGUCUCAGUCUCCAAAGCCAACUGUGAAACCAAGUCAGGAACCCAAGAGAAUAGAUCCCAAAUCUGUGCAGUUUGGAGAUGUGUCACAAAAUAUUAAUGACUCGAACAGUGCUCCUAUUGAACAGAAAUUAAACACUAUGAGUGUGCACCCAGAGAGAGUACCUGGCAAGAAAGUUAAGGGUGGACUGCACACAGCGGACAAUGAUCCCUUGGAUAGAUUAAAGGAAGCUGCCGAGAACAUGGUUGCUGAAAUGACAGCUGAGGAUGAAGAGAACAGGUUACAGAGAGGGCCAAUGGACCCUCGGACUCAAGGUGUUCCCCUGAGUCAUGAAGAGUCCCUCAAGUGGUUUUACAGGGACCCCCAAGGAGAUGUCCAAGGUCCUUUUAAUCCAGAGGAGAUGGCCCAAUGGUUCAGUGCUGGUUACUUUACAAUGAGUCUUCUGGUUAAAAGGGGAUGUGAUGAACGAUUCCAGCAGUUAGGAGAACUGAUAAAGAGGUGGGGCCUUCCAUUCCUAGCUGGCCCAACACCGCCUCCAUUACUGAACAUCCCAGUCUCAGUGUCCAAUACUGAAGCCCCUGUAAAACAGACUCCACCCCCCCAGCAGCCAACGCCCACUCCUCCACCCCCUCAGGACCUGCUUGGAAUCAUACCUCAACAGUUUCUCCUUCAACAGCUCAUGCAGCAGCAGAUGCUCAUGAGGCAGAUGCAGGUACAGAUGAUGACUCAGAUGCGAGAUCAGGAUUCGUUCAAGACGAUGUCUCCACCGCAGCAGCAACAGAUGGUGAUGCAGAUGUUGAUGCAGACACAACCAAUGUUUAUGCAGCAACUUCAGCAGCUACAACAACUACAGCAACAACAACAACAGCAACAACAACAGAACAGGCUGUCCCCACAGCCGCAGGCAGCAGAGGGCACCCCUACUACCUCCCUCCCAGCAUAUCACAUGCCCCAGUCUGGCCCUGCCGUAGAAGGGGAGGGGCAUCCUCCAGGAGGACAAGUUGCUUGGUCUCAGCCCAGCAGUGUGUGGGACCUGGAAACUCCACCUAGUGACAUGUCACCUAACACUAUAAACCAGCAGCAACUGGAAAAACUGCAAGCUCAACAGAAAGCAGAAGAAAUACGCAGGAAACAAGAGGAGGAAGAAGAGAGACGUCGUCAGAUAGAGAUGCAGAGAACUCAGGAAGAGCUGAAGAGACAGCAGGAAGAAAUUGCAAUGGAGAGAGAGAAGAUGAUACGCGAGAAGAAGGAGCUGGAGAGACAGAGGCAGGCUGAACUAAAGCGUAUGGAAGAAAUUCGUCGUCGAGAGGAAGAGGAAAUAAGAAGACAAAUGGAGGAUGAACGUAAACGAGAAGAAGAAAGAAUGAGAGAAGAGCAGCGUCGCCGAGAAGAAGAGCUUGCUCUCCAGAGAGAAGAGGAAGCCCUUAGGAAGCAGGAAGAAGAAAGGAAAAGAAUUAUAGAGGAAGAGAGGAGGCGACAGGAGGAGAUGCACAGACAACAGAUGGAGGAGGAACACAAGAAACAGGAGAUGUUGCGGCAGCAGGAGCUGCAGAGACAGCAAGAGGAGAUGCUGCAAGAGCAACAGCGGGAGGAGGAGAGGCAGAGGGAGAUACUCCGACAACAGGAGCUGCAGCGUCAGGAACAACAGAAACUUCAGCAAGAUGCACUAAGACGUCUACAGCAGCAACAACAAGAACAGUUGGCUCGAAUGCAGCUUCCUCCAACUGCACAAUGGGCGAGUCAACUGCAACAGCGGGAGACUAACGAGGGGAAAUCGCUGGCUGAGAUACAGCAGGAAGAGGAGAGGCAGAUGCAGGAGAGAGAACGCCAACUUGAGAUUCAGAGGCAGCAAAUGUUUGCAAUCCAACAACAACAGCAACAACAGCAGCAACAACAACAGAAGUCAUGGGGAGGACAAAUGACUGUAAACCAGGCUGCUACAAACACACUGAAGUCACUGCUGGACAUACAGGAGGAACAAAAAGCCAAACAGUUAGACCAAAACAAGAAGAAAGCCAAACAAGUUCAACCCACUCCGCCCAAGAAUACAGCUGCCACCAUGUCUACACCCAGCAUGUGGAGCAAUGUGGCCAGCAACGGUGCUCAGCCCUCAGGGUGGGGAGGAAACGCUGUGUGGAAGACAGACAAGUCGGGAGGGGGACUGGGGUUCUGGGAUGAAGCUGUGAUAUCUUCAGGAAGGCCUGCAACCAAAGAGAAAGAAAGCGGGGAGUUUCCUGCAUUGGGAGGCAAGAAACGAAACCAACAGAAUAAUAAUGCAACAACCAAUGCUUCUGCAGCAGCAGUUGCUGCUGCUGCUGCAAACCGCAACAGACAGACAAAACCAAAGAAAGAGGAGGAUACUGUACAAAAGUUGUUUCAGCAGCACGGGCCUGUUGACGAUUUCACUCAGUGGUGUGAGAAGGCACUAGCAGGACUUGCAUCUUCCGUGGAUGUUCCAACAUUCAUUGCCUUUCUUCAAGAAGUUGAUUCUCCAUAUGAGGUACAUGAUUAUGUGAGGUCCUACCUUGGGGAGUCUGGUGCUGCAAAGGAGUUUGGUCGGCAGUUCCUGGAGAAGCGGAGCCAGUAUAAGCAGAAAGCCAGACUUGAGAGACAGCAGGAGGAGGACAGUAUUUGGGGCCCAGCACCUGCAGUGAACCCAAAAGAAGCUCGGUCCAGCAACAACAAUGACGCCGAGUCUGCAGCCCGCAACAAGAACAAGAAGAAGAAGGGCAAGAUGCAGAAGAUUGACAAGAGCAUCCUCGGCUUCACGGUCCAUGCCGACCCCACACGAGUCAACGCUGGCGAGAUCGAGAACGUGGACUGAACAUUGGUGCUAUGAAAUGUGGUCUUUCCUUUACUUCUGUUGCCAAGAUUGUUGCAAUGUUGGACCUGCUGUUUGCAAAGCUGGACACAGCCCAGUCAAGACUGGAGAUCAUAUCCUCAUUGCUUGUUACUUGCAAAAUUGUCCUCCAGAUUUCAGUCUUGGCACAGAUAUUGAACGAGAAUGGUGACUAUCUGGUGUGCUAGUAUGUAGUAAAUUGAUUCAGAUUCGUACUCCAAUGCUGGUGCCUCAACAACUGAUUGGCUGAUGUGACUGUUCAGCAACAGACUUCUGUACCCAAUGAAAGGAAAUGAGGCGGACACCACUUACUAUCUGCCUGUUGGUGAUGGAAUAUGAUUGGUGAAUGAUGGACUCAGUCAGGUUUCCUCCAUCAGUGAUCGGGCCAUCCCAGCCAACACAUAGUCCAAACCUGAAGCUAAUAUCUGUGAUACUAGAUACUAUUUUCCAUCGUCAGAGGGUGCUGCACUACAGGGAAAGUAACAAGGAGGAAAGAAAUCUGAAGAAAGUUAAUACUUGAUAAUAUUAAAACCUCAUGCACCGCUUCAGUUGCUUGAUAAAAUACAACAUCAUGCAACGAUGCAGCUCGGGCCUCUUUGCCGUCAUGUCACAGAGCUGGUCGGUGUCCCAAGUCAAUACAUUCUUUCUUCAAUCUAUAUUGAGAAGGUGCAUGUGCCUUUGUUAUUUUAAUGCAUGUUGGUAUUCUUUAGUGAAAAUAUUGUUCCAGAGAAAACAAGUACUUAAACAGGGUGAAUUUUAAAUGAAUUUGCCAGAGAUCACAAUGUUAAGUCUCUAUGGAGCCCAGGAUAACCUGAAUAUUUUCUGUAUUUCUUACCAUACUUUUAUUGUUAUUGCAUAAUUAUCCAAAAUGGAUACUUGGCUUUUAUACACUCUCUCUGCUUCGGAUAAGUUGACCUAAGUGAGAUUUGUUGGUUUUUAAUUAUUAUAUAUAAUGUUACCAGUUAAACAAAAUUUAGGCUUUGCUAUUCAGUGAAGAAUUUGUUUCGUUCAAUCAAGCUGCUGUAAUAGCAAUAACCCGACUUAAUUCAAUCCCAAAUAUUGACUCACUUUAAUGAUCUAGAUAUUAAUGUAAGAAUGUUACACUCGGUCCUUGUUCAGGUGGACCUUUGUCUGCUGAAUGAAAUUUGGUGUUACAUGAAUGAAGUCCCACCAGUAGAAACUAAUCACCAAAAUGUGAACCUAUGAAUUCUGCUGCAUGUUCUUAUCCAUUGACUCGAGCAAAUUAUUGUUCAUAACGAAGUGGCUCUGAACGUGAUGUUUAGAUUUUAAAAUCAGUAUGAAAAGUUGCAAUUUUUGUGGAUGAUAAUGUUCAUGAAAGAUAAGUGAAAGCAAAGUCAAUAUGGAAUCUGUUUAAAUGAAUUCUUGCUCUUUGGGCUUAUAAUCCAUCUUGCGACCAUUCUUAGUUAAAUCAGUGUUCAACAGAUACAAUCGUCCACUUGCAUGUGACAGGUAACAUUGUUCAGCUCCAGUAAUACAAAAUACAAUCAUGGUUAUCUCCCAGGGCAGUGGGGAAUCGUAGUGCUGAAAGUGUUCGCUCAUCACGCGGAAGUCCUGGGUUCGAUUCCCCACAUAGGUACAAUGGUGUCCCUUGCUGUUAUUUUUCUGGGAUAUUGCUAAAAGCGGCUUAAAACUAAACUUGCUCAAUUAUACCUUGUUUGCCAUCUUCAAGGUGGAAUGCCAAACUUUACUGUCAACAAGCAUAACAGUGUUAAAAGCUUUAUCAAAUUAUUGCUCUAUUUGUAUUACUGUGGUUUAUCAGUGACACUAGACUACUCAACUUUUGGUAGGGAUUAUCAGGUGUGUCAGGUGUAUUUAUAUAUGUGACAUGCUAUGAGAAUUAUUUUUGUGUAUCAUAGAAAUAUGAAAAUAUUCCCAUCAAAAGUGUAAUGUCAUCAGUCUGAAUGCCACUCAACGAUCAAAACCCAGAUUAUCAGGGAAUUGAAAAAGCCAUGAAUUGUGAGCAGCUGUGGCAAUUGUUGAUAAAGGUUUUUCUCCAGUCAAUUUGAUUUUUCCAGUCAACUAAUUUUGUUGGCUGUUUGGGAAAAUGAAAUUUGUCGAGCUCUGAAACUGGUUUAGUGCACCUGCAGUAGCAAUACCAGGUAGUUGUUGAAAAUAAGCAGGAAAACCAAGGCAUAGGGAAGGAAAAGAUUUAGGGGUCCCUUGAUGUACAAGAGAAAAGUGCAAGGAUCCCAUAAUUUCUAAUACUGCUAAAUAUACGACUCUGUAUCACCUGAAAUAUUUAUUCACUUUGAGCUAAAAUUGACAUUUUCAAAACAUUUAUAUAGAAGACUUCAUAUCUUAAAUAUUAUCUUGUUGAUUAAUCCUAAAUCAUUUCAUUCUACAAGCUUGGAAGUAUUUGGAGCUAGUUCCUGUGCUGCCAAGUGUAUAAACAUGUACCAUGCAGAUUCCACCUCAUCCAUUAGCUAGAAGCAGAACCUCUGCUUUCACAACACUCCUAUCUCCAACAAGGACGUUUCCAAUUAAACUAUGCAUAAUGUUCAGCAUAUCUUGCCUGAAUUAUGUCAGGAUUGUAUUAUACUGGAGUUUAAUGAUAUACACAAUGUACAUAUGUCAUGUUAUGAACCAUUAAUAUUGCAAGGGUUAAAAAAUGUCUCUUAGUAAUUUCAUACAGGUUCUGUUAUACAGACAUGGUUGUUUCAUACACAGAUAGUACAAAAGCAGUUGAGGAACACCCUAUUUUUGUCAUUUGACGUGACUGAUUAACAAACUUUGUCAUUUCAAUAGAAAACUGUUUUAAUUAGUGAAGUUAGGGGUAACCUUUUUUAGAGGUGCGUGAAAUCAGUCCAGUGACUCAUCCAUUGUAGUCGGCCCCACUUCUGACCCAAUUUUUUUUUCCUCAGGGGCAUUCCCCCUAACCUUUGGACUUCAUGAUUUAUGUGCACACCCACUUCUCCAAAAUCCUGAAUCCGCCCCUGUGUUACAUUAAUACGAUUCAGAUGCUUUUGCUUUUGGUCUCAAUUAUAAUGCAUAAAACAGUUUAAACUUGGUGAACAAUUAAGAUCAGAAACUAUAUAUGAGCUUCAAACUUGAUGUGACUCAUGCUGGCUUAUCUGUGUUUGUUCUUGUGGGUCAAUAACUUGCAGAGCAUCAAAUAUUUUUUAAUCCUUGCUUUGUAAACAUGGUUAAUGCAUUGUCACACAUUGUGAUUUUAUUUGCUAAAAGCUGGGUCUGUUUCACUGAAGUCUUAAUUAAAUUGGUUUCAGCUGUACCUUAGAAGUGCAUAAUAUGUGUAAGAUCACAGGUUUGGGCUAUGCUAAAUCAGCCCUAAUGAAUGUAUCGACAUCCUUUGUAUGAGUAAUGUCGGUAAUGCUUUUUGCAUAUUUAGAGUCAUGUUUUCACAGUAGAGUUGAAAUACAGAUGAAAGCAAGCUUUAAACAAUAAGACAUACAUGCACUUUAACCUUCAUAGGUAUCGUCACCGAGUCUGGGGAACCCUCCAGCUUGAUGUAUACAGCAACUUGUAUGGGUAUUCGGUGGUCACAGUGUCAGUAUGGCAUUAUGUAGAAUCAUAAUUAGUGGUUUGUCACAUGAGAUUCUGCUGUAAUACAGCUGUCAUUUUGCUGGUGUGGCCUAAAUCCACAUUCAUUGCUCUAUAGCAGAAAUGCCAAUUGCAUUUACCAGACAUCAGCACGUUUCGGUUCACCAGUAACAUGUCAAGUGUAAAUGUCAGAUUAAAUAACUGUGAACAUGUUGAUUCUUAUUUAAGGUGUAAUGCUCCAAGCUGUUAAUCUACAUUCUUCUUCAUUAUUUUAUGAGUUGAUUGAUUUCUUUCUAUUUCAAAAUAGCUAAGUAUCCUUUUUCUGUCCAUUUAUAUCUAUGUCUGAAGAUGAUGUUGCUCAUAUUAUGUAACCUUUGAAAGGCCUGCUGUAAUCUUGAAUUACAAAUUUAAUAGCUUUAGUUUAGUUCUUUAAAAGCCAGGUAACUUUUGUUAUCUGUGUGAAAAAGGUUUCAUUGCCCUAAACGAACAAUCCAACAUUAGUUGUGGCACUAUGCCAAAUAAUCGGCACCAGUUACUUCCCCUGUUUUGCUAGUUGUCUCCCUUGCUCCAUGCUGAGCUUUGUAUGUUUCAAUCAGUCACACAUCAUUUUCACUUGUCAUAGACAGAGAUUAUGGGUUGUCUCAUAUUUGAUGUUUGUGUUGAAACAGUGUUUCUUAUGGAGUACCAAUGCCUUGGAUUACAGAAUUCUUCCUGAUCAUCAUUUAAAGUAUCGAGUUGGUAAAUGUUAUCAUGGUUAUAAAUUGCUACAUUUGAACAUUAGAAUGGGUUGGGGUAUUUUUAGGGGAAGGGGUGUUUAAGGUCAUCAGAUUCAUAUUCUGUUAGUUGCUUGAAUAUUUAACAUCUUAAAACAUUACUUGGAUGAUAAUAUUGUGUUGCAGAAAAGUGGUACAAGUCUUUGACCUGCAUUGCUUUCAGCUGACAUUCAGUUGACAAGUGAGCUACCACUAUGAACAACAUAACAUCAAACUUUCUCAAUUCCAAUGAAGGAUUUUGCUAAGGAAGAGCUUCAAGGUGUUGGUACUUCCAGGAAUGUAUUGAGAAAGUGUGACAAACAGAUGAAAGUUACGUUAACUAACUACAGCAAGUACUUUGACUCAACCCAGAGAUCAGAUGUGGUUUGGUCAGCCAUGCCUGUGUUUGACAAUGUUAUAAAACUGACCACAAUUCUAUAUUUGUAUGGAUGUCAUCUAUUUUAGAUUAUUUUGUCCGAAUGUGACAGAGUUUGCAGUUUGCUGUUGAUAUUCUGAACUUUGCAUGUGUGCCUGUGUGUGAGUUAGUGAGGAUGCUGAAGAAAGAGAGGCUUAUGGAUGCAUGUUAUUAGAGAGGAUGGUGUAUUGUCAGAAUUAUUGAAUGUGUUGCCAUGAUGAUUGAGCAAUAAAGUGCCAAUUUUUCAAAUUA